AUGCCUCGUCGAUCGUCGCGGGUGGUGCCCCAGUCAGUUGCGGCUGCCGCGCCGACGCCUAAGAGGCGCCCGUCCGCGCCCCUCGACACUACUGCCGCAGCGUCGAGUUCCAAGAGACAGAAAGCUGGGUCUCCUGCUGCCGGGGAAAGGCCCAUCAGGUCCACUGCGAAGACCAGCAAGUAUUUCCAGGAUUCUGUUUCCGAACGGCCUGGGACCGCAACGGAGUCACAAUCAGAUUCUGCGCCGGAGGAAUCGGGCUCCGCAUACAAUGUCGAGUCUUCGUCCUCAGAGCAGGAUUCCGAGACACCCGACGAGGAGGACGACGCUCCAAAGCAAAGCAAGAAAGGACAGGCAAGGCGCGGAUCCGCGAAAGGCAAAAAGCCUGAGGCGCAAACUCAUGAGCAAGAAGAAGACGAUGAAAUUCUGGCCGCCACCAAAGGUAAGGAACUGUGGAGGGAAGGAGUGCGCACUGGACUGGGGCCAGGCAAACAAGUCUUCAUCAAAAAGCCCAAGGCCAGAGAUCCGGGAAACACGCCUUACCAGGACCAGACGAUCCAUCCCAACACCAUGUUGUUUCUCCAAGACCUGAAGGAGAACAAUGAGAGACAAUGGCUCAAAGCCCAUGAUGCGGACUAUCGUGCGGCAAAAAAGGACUGGGACUCGUUCGUCGACAGUCUCACUGAAAAAGUCAUUGAAAAGGACGAGACAAUACCCGAAUUGCCUGCCAAGGACUUGGUCUUUCGCAUUCACCGCGACAUCAGGUUCAGCAACGAUCCAACACCAUAUAAGACUCAUUUCUCAGCCGCCUGGUCUCGCACCGGGAGGAAAGGGCCCUACGCAGCCUACUAUGUCCAUCUGCAGCCUGGGUCCUGUUUUGUCGGAUCGGGUCUGUGGAUGCCAGAAGCUAGCAGGCUCGCGCUCCUCCGCGAGGAUAUCGAUCGAAACCCGCAGCGCAUAAAAACGGUGUUGCGAGAUGCCGGCAUACGUCGGGAGUUCUUUAAUGGCAUUUCAGACGACGACAGUAGAGCUGUAAAGGCCUUUGUCAGCCAAAACCGCGAGAACGCUCUAAAAACCAAACCGAAGGGCUACAACCAAGAACACGAAAACAUCGAGCUGUUGCGGCUGCGCAACUUUACCAUAGGAAAGCCGCUACCAGACGCGGAGCUCUUGAAUGCAAACGCACAGGACAAGAUCGCAGAGCUCAUUGGAAUCAUGGUCCCGUUUGUAACUUAUCUGAACAGCAUAGUCAUGCCAGAUCCUGACGAUGAUGAAUCGGAAGGUUCAACAGGAUCCGACGGGGCUACCGAGGAUGUUGAUUGA